AUGGGUCCCCAUCGCGGAGGUGCUGCCGUGGCAUACCUCCCCAUGAGCGAUGAAGGCGUCGUCCUUUACAUUGGUGGAUUCAAUACCACUAGAAGAAUGUCCACAACCGACGGGGUCAUGUGGGAUGAUGCUCGCCUAGACAGCGUCGACGUAUAUGGUGUUCAUUAUGGAAAAUGUUAUACCAUCCAAACCAGUGGAGACACCCCUCCUGACCGGCAGGAGAUGGCAACGUGGAUGUCCCCAACGCUGGACUGGAGCUCCUUCUAG